AUGGCUAAAUGGGGUGAAGGAGAUCCGCGUUGGAUUGUUGAAGAGCGUGCCGAUGCUACUAAUGUUAACAAUUGGCAUUGGUCUGAGAAAAACGCAACCCCGUGGUCUCAAAACCGGCUAAAAGAGCUGCUUAAUGGUUUUGAAAUUGAGGACGGUGCCGUUGUAAUCAAGAUUGAUGACAUAAAGAAAAUUGAAGGAGAAGCGACGGCGAAUAAUCGAAAAGCCAAAUUAAUCUUCCUGUACGAAUGGGUUAUCGAAGCCGGCUUCACUGCUCGAAUAUCCGGAAGUCAGGAAGAAUAUAAAGGGAAAUUCGAUAUUCCUAAUUUAAGUGAUGAAAAUGAUGCUUCUGAAGUUGAUGUGACUGGUACAUUGACUGGAAAUCAGAAUGGACCGCUUGCUAACGAAGUUCGAAAGGUUCUUUCGCGGAAGGCGGUGGAGAAGAUUCAAGAGCUAAUGGGAAUCUACAUUCGAGAGCUUAAAGAAGAGUUCAGCAAGGGCCUCAUUCUUCCAACCGACAAGAUCAAGCCACAAGUUGUUACAAAAGGAAAAACCACUGUCGUCGAUAAGCGACAAUUCCAAAACACCGUUGUCGCUGACAAAGACGCUUCAACCUCAAAAAAUAACGAAAUCUUCACCGUGAAAGAUGUAACCGUGUCGGAUAACUACAAAGCUCCACCGGAAAGAGUUUUCGAGGCGAUUUCGGAACACCAAUAUGUUCGUUCCUGGACCAAUAACUCCGUAAGCGAGUGGGAUUUCAAAGUUGGCGGCAAAUUUUCAUUGUUUGGUGGCAACGUAACUGGAUCGUUUACGAAAAUUGAACCAAAUAAGGAGGUUGAAACUAAAUGGCGACUCAAGAAAUAUCCAAACGACCAUCAUGCCACCAUUAAAUUUUUACUUAAAGAUAAUGGAUCUGAAACUGAGUUCAAGAUUGAGGCCACUGAGGUGCCCACUCAUCUUGCCGACGAGACGCAAACUGGGCUUGAUCGCUAUUAUCUUACCAGCAUUGCUCGUGCGUUUGGCUUCAGCACUAGAAUCUGCUAA